CUGGAGCAAAUACCACACACUGCCCCAUCGUGCCACACCUGCGCCGCACAGCAUCUCCCAGUCUCGGCACUCCAUCUGUCAGCAGUGGAGGAAGUGGGAGGAAAUCCUCGUUGCCGGACCCCGAUGACCACGCGCCACGGUGGCCCAUCAUCGCGCCGCCGUCCGUCUUCGCGUUUGCCGACGGACGCGACGCUAAGCGUGCGGUCGUCUUGAGCCGAUCGUAGCGCGAGCUCCCGAGAGGCAGAGCUCUGCUGCCCUCUUCGUUGGCGACGGGACACGCAGAGCGCAGGAGGAGCCCUUUCCCUUUGUGACACCGCUUACGCCGCACCCUCCUCUGUGAUCGAGACGCCCCCUGCAGCAUGUUCUCCUCGGUGAAGGCCUACGAGGACCAGCAGUACGCCUCCCUCAAGAAGCACUGCUUUCAGAGCAAGACCCUGUUCGAGGACCCCCUCUUCCCUGCCACGGACCAGUCCCUCUUCUUCCAGGCCAACCGCAUCGGGCACGUCACCUGGAAACGGCCCAAGGAGCUGUGUGAUGACCCCCACCUCUUCGUCAACGGGAUCAGUGCGCACGACCUGCACCAGGGGCAGCUGGGAAACUGCUGGUUUGUGGCAGCAUGUUCCAGCCUGGCCUCCAGAGAGCCUUUCUGGGAUAAAGUCAUCCCAGACUGGAAGGAGCAGGAGUGGGAUAAAGGGAAGGGCGACUCAUACGCCGGGAUCUUCCACUUCCGUUUCUGGCGCUUUGGGCAGUGGCUGGAUGUGGUGAUCGACGACCGGCUGCCCACCAUCAACAACCAGCUGGUCUACUGCCACUCCAAGGACCGCAACGAGUUCUGGAGCGCGCUGGUGGAGAAAGCCUAUGCCAAGUUGAACGGCUGCUACGAGGCGCUCGACGGCGGGAACACGGCCGACGCCCUGGUGGAUUUCACGGGCGGCGUAUCGGAGCCCAUCGAGCUGCUCGAGGGCAAGUUUGCCCAGGAGGAGGAGGCCCGGAAUCACCUGUUUGACAGGGUGCUCAAGGUGCACAAUCGUGGCGGCCUCAUCAGUUGCUCCAUCAGGGCGACAAGUCAGGCGGACAUGGAGGCGCGGCUGGACUGCGGCCUGGUGAAAGGCCACGCCUACGCCGUGACGGAUGUGCGCCGGGUUCGCCUGGGCCACGGGCUGCUGGCCUUCUUCAAGUCGGAGAAGCUCAGCAUGAUCCGCAUGCGGAACCCCUGGGGCGAGAAGGAGUGGAACGGGCCCUGGAGUGACAGCUCCGAGGAGUGGCAGAAGGUCAGCAAGAGUGAGAGGGAGCGGCUCGGCGUCACGGUCGAGGACGACGGCGAGUUCUGGAUGGACUUCGAGGAUUUCUGCAAGCACUUCACAGACCUCAUCCUGUGCCGCCUCAUCAACACGUCACUCCUGAGCAUCCACAAGACCUGGGAGGAGCAGGUCGUGCGGGGCUCCUGGCAGCUCUCGGACGACCCCCUGAAGAACCGCUCCGGCGGCUGCCUUAACCACAAGGCCACCUUCCUGCAGAACCCCCAGUACAUGUUUGACGUGAAGAAGGUGGUGGACGAGGUGCUCGUCUGCCUGCACCAGAAGGACCAGCGAGUGCGAGCCAAAGAGGGCAAAGGGGAGAACCUGGCCAUCGGGUUCGACAUCCACCAGGUGGAGCUCAACAGGAAGUACCGGAUGCACCUGAGCCAGCAGAAGGUGGGCGGCUCCGUCUACAUCAACUCGCGCUCCGUCUUCCUGAGGAAGGAGCUCAAGGAGGGCCGCUACGUCAUCAUCCCCACGACCUUCGACCCCGGCCUGCAGGGGGAAUUCUUGCUGAGGGUCUUCACUGACGUUCCCUCCGACUGCAAGGAGCUGACCCUCGACGAACCCCCCCACACCUGCUGGACGGGUAUGUGCGGCUACCCCAGCCUGGUGACGCAGGUGCACGUGGUGCGAGCCGACGGACUGCAGGCCCAGGACUCCGAUGGAGCCUCGGACCCCUACGUCGUCAUGAGCUGCGAGGGCCACAAAGUGCGCUCCCCUGUGCACAAGGACACGCUGAGCCCCGACUUCAACGUCAAGGGCGUCUUCUACAGGAAGAAGGCCAACGGCACCAUCCACAUCGAGAUCUACAACAGGAACAUCGUGUCGGACUCCUUCCUCGGUCAGGUGACCCUCACCAGCAAACCGAACGAGCCCCAGGAAGUGCGCACGCUGCACCUGCGCGAUAAGGGCAACCGGCAGAACGACGACCUCCCCGGGACGGUCACGGUUAAACUGCUCACCAGCAACGUACUGACCAACAUCUGAGCCCCGUGGCCGACGCUCCCCGGGCCGCUCCCUGGGGCCUGGAGCUCAACAGCUUCUCCUGUGUGUGUCGGUGUCACUCUGGACCACAAAUCUGCUCUGCAUCAUGCUGUGCGUGCGUGCGUGUGUAUGCACGGCACACAGAAGAACUUUGUGGGUUUCCAGGCAGCCUGGGUGUCCUCCUCAGGUUCAGAAGUCAAUCAGCAAACGGGCCGGUCACUGGAGUUCAUGGGAUGCAGUCAGAAUUGUACUUAUUAUCAUUACUGGGUAUGUAGUUUACUGUGGUUUACUAUGGUUCAGGGUCUCUGUUUUCCUUUGGGAGCUGCUCCACCUGCACUGUGUCGUGACCUUUAUGGGACGCAAGCAGCCAUGCAAGGAUGGUCCUUGUGUUGACUUGUCGAUGACCAAGCGAGUCACCGCACCACACCGGGCGUUCAGGUACAUUGCUGCUCUGUGUGUGUGUGUGUGUGUGUGUGUGUGUGUGUGGUGGGGUGGGAGGAGUCGUCGGCAGCCACGGAACCCCUGGGGGUCUUUUGAGCUCCGCAGUCUGCAGAUGCGGCAGGGGAGGGCAGUGAGGGACACGCGUGUGUUGCGUGACGUGUGUGUCAGCGCUGCUCAGUCCUCUGCGCUCGUCGUCUUUCCCUGCAGCUGCGACCGCUGUGCCUUUGCUCUUUUCUCCCAGUUGUGCUGGGAUUGCGGUAAUAGACCACAAAUGGGUGUUUCGUUUACUUCGGCACCUCGUUGCUUCAUCGGGCCCCCUGUUCGCCGGGGGUGAUCGGGGGGGGGUCCCCUCAGACCGGACUCGGCCUCCCCGGCGUCCGUUCCGUCCGUGGGUUCGUCCUGGGGAGCGGCAGGCCGAGCUCUGCGUGAGAAGGUGUGUCUAGCGUGCGUGCGUGCAUGUGUGUGCUCCUGUGUGUGAGGAUGCACUACAGUAGUAUCAUGGUGCCAAGAUGGUCUGACUGUUUCCACCUGGACCGUGCAUUUACCACGUUUUCCGCGUUCGCCGUCUGCACUCACACACA